ACGGACGCAGCGGACUUGGACUGAGGAUCCCGGGCGGGCGGGCGCGCGCGGAGAGACGCGGGAAGCAGGGGCUGGGCGGGGGUCGCGGCGCCGCAGCCAGCGCAGCCAGCCCGAGGGGCCGCUGCCUCCGCCGCCCAGCGCGCUCCGGGGCCGCUGGCCGCCUGUAGCACCCGCCACACCGCAGCUCCAGGACCGGCCCCGGCCGCCGCCGCCGCGAUGGGCAACGCCGCCGCCGCCAAGAAGGGCAGCGAGCAGGAGAGCGUGAAAGAGUUCUUAGCCAAAGCCAAAGAAGAUUUUCUUAAAAAAUGGGAAAAUCCCGCUCAGAACACAGCCCAUUUGGAUCAGUUUGAGAGAAUCAAGACCCUUGGAACGGGCUCCUUUGGGCGGGUGAUGCUGGUGAAGCACAAGGAGACCGGGAAUCACUAUGCCAUGAAAAUCCUCGACAAACAGAAGGUGGUGAAGCUGAAACAGAUCGAACACACCCUGAAUGAGAAGCGCAUCUUGCAAGCAGUCACCUUCCCGUUCCUGGUCAAACUCGAGUUCUCCUUCAAGGACAAUUCAAACUUGUACAUGGUCAUGGAGUACGUGCCUGGAGGGGAGAUGUUCUCCCACCUACGGCGGAUCGGGAGGUUCAGUGAGCCCCAUGCCCGAUUCUACGCGGCGCAGAUCGUCCUGACGUUCGAGUACUUACACUCUCUGGACCUCAUCUACCGGGACCUGAAGCCGGAGAACCUCCUCAUUGACCAGCAGGGCUACAUUCAGGUGACAGACUUCGGUUUUGCCAAACGCGUGAAGGGCCGCACCUGGACCUUGUGUGGGACCCCCGAGUACCUGGCCCCCGAGAUUAUCCUGAGCAAAGGUUACAAUAAGGCUGUGGACUGGUGGGCCCUCGGGGUUCUCAUCUAUGAGAUGGCCGCUGGCUACCCGCCCUUCUUCGCUGACCAGCCCAUCCAGAUCUACGAGAAAAUCGUCUCUGGGAAGGUACGGUUCCCGUCCCACUUCAGCUCUGACUUGAAGGACCUGCUUCGGAACCUUCUGCAGGUGGAUCUCACCAAGCGCUUCGGGAACCUCAAGAAUGGGGUCAACGACAUCAAGAACCACAAGUGGUUUGCCACGACUGACUGGAUCGCCAUCUACCAGAGAAAGGUGGAAGCUCCCUUCAUACCAAAGUUUAAAGGCCCUGGGGACACGAGUAACUUUGACGACUAUGAGGAGGAAGAGAUCCGGGUUUCCAUCAAUGAGAAGUGUGGCAAGGAGUUUGCUGAGUUUUAGGGGUGUGCCUGUGCCCCCAUGGGUUUUCUUGUCUUUCUUUUCUUUUUUUUUUUUCUUUUGUGGGGGGUGGGAGGGUUGGAUUGAACAGCCAGAGGGCCCCAGAGUUCCUUGCAUCUACUUUCACCCCCCACCCCACCCACCAGGGAAGGGGGAACAGGAAGCCCAGAUAUUUGGAGGAAUGGAAACACCAGCUGCUCCCCCACUCCCUUUGCCUUCUUGCCCCUCCCCCACAGGUCCAACUCCACCCCAGCCCACUCUGCCAGUUUUAAAUGAGUUUCUCAGCUCCGGGCAGACCAGGUCUUACUGGUGUGUCCAGGCACCGGGUGAGGAAAGAGGGGUCCAAACUUAACUCCAGUCCCCCAGCCCCACCCUGCCUCUGGCACUGGGCACCAAGGGCAAAUGAAUGAAGAGCUGGCCUUCUCUGUGGGGCCCUCCUGCCUGGGAAGGACAGUUUUUUGUGACAUGUCAUUGGGCUGCUUGCUAGAAUUUUUCUAAAAUAUGAUUUAAAAUCUUAUUUAAGUUCCACCAGUGCCUCCCUUCCUCCUUCCUCUGUCCCCACUCUUCUUGUGUCCCCCUCCCACUCCCCAAAACCAUUUUAACGAGGCUGGGAAGCAGACUGACUGAACAGGAAGGACCUGGGGUUUGAACUUCUGCCCUGAGCUGCUAACAUCCCCACCCCCUUCCCCAGGG